AUGUCGUCGCCGGUCACUUCGUCCUCCGUCUUCUCUUCCAUGUCCGCCCGGCCGCCGACACCACCGAGAGACGUUUCCACCGACGUUGAUGAUGCCUUGCGAUUCCUCGAAGAAGGCCAUCAAGAGCCGGACGUUGACGCCUCCAGCACCAAAUUGAAGAGCUCUUCUACCGAUACGCCGCCACCGAGAUCAUCACCGACAUCUUCACAGCUUCGAGGCUCGACUGCAGUGAAAAAGGUCGACUUCUCACCUCAUCCAACGUACCACUCCCAAACAGCGCACACUGGCUCUCCGAGACCUCACUUUCCACGACAGCUGUCACUGAUCCGUGCUGCCAAACCGCUGAAGUCGAUUCUGAAGCCUUCGAACGAGCUUCUGCCUCUAACUCCGGACGACCUCGAAAGCAAGAUUAGCGUCUUUUCUCCUCAGGUUCCUGGCAGCUUCCGCGCAAUGCUUCAGUCAAUCAUCAGACUCCUGGAAGGUUCUUCGCGUGAUGGGCGACGGGACGCGUAUCUGGCGCUCAAUGGAGCCUUGAGAACAUAUGACGGCGUUCCAGAGCCCCAGGCCAUCGUGGAGAAGAUCCAGCUUCUGAUGCAAUUCAUGACCAGAGACAUGGCUUGGAAGGACUCCACCGGUAAACUUGACUCGCACAUGGUCACUCAGUCUUUGCAGCUCGCAUGCGCUCUCUUGCAUAAUGUGGAGGUGGCAGAGGCAUUAGACGAUGACUUCCGGGCCUUCAUCAUCGACCGAUCGAUCUUCGUCCUGGAGCAGCCGGAAAUGCCCAAGUCAAUUGUGAAGAGCCAUCUCUUCAUUCUCUGCCAACAGCGAUACAACCUGAGCACGCUGAAUGCCUCGAGGGUGGAUAAGCUCGUCACCGCACUGCAAACAGUUGAGACCCGAUGCUCGGGCAAUACUGCAAUCGCCGGACGUCUCAUCAUAUUCCAGAGACUCAUCGAGAAGGCACCGAGCACGAUGCUGAACCGGAUGCGGGACUGGAUCGAGCACAUGUUCCAUGGUAUGAUGAGCAGUGUGAAGGAUGUACGCGCUCGAGCGAUCGAGGCAUGCGCGCAAGCAUCUCUUUCCCUGGGAACAAACCAGCAGGCAACCAAGAUCCUGCAUGAGAUUUGCGAGAAAGAGAUGGAGGAUGGCCGAAGUUAUGGAGACUUCGUCAACCUGCGACUGAUGCAAAUGUGUGGCGACAAAGAGCUGGCUUCGUUAGUACCUCGGAUCUGGUCAGCAGUUAUCAUGUUUUUUCGUUGCAAGCGGAAACCAAUCGACAAAUGGCCGAAGUUCAGAUCUUGGUUGUUGACUUUGCAAAAGUGUCUGAACUCGGGCGACAUGGCAGUCAAGCAUCAGGCAAACAUGGCUUGGAACAAGUUGGUGUUCUCAGUCAUGCCUGACUCGUCCACCACGGAGACAAUGCGGUCCAUGUUGACCGUGCCCAUUGUGGUCGGGCUGGAGAAGCGCGGGAACGACAAGACUGCUCAGUACCUGCGCCAAUUUGCUCUAGACAGCUACUGCAACUUGCUCCACUAUGCACUACGGCCAGCACUGUCGCACGAGGAAUUGGAUCCGGCCUGGGAUCUCUAUGUCGGACCAAUACUAACAAAGAUGAUCAAAGCUGGCAGCCGAGGGCAGCUCAACGCCUGUCGCGUACUCCACGGACUUCUUCAGAGCAGGACUGGCGUCUGGAACAUCAAUGCUGCCAUGGAGCCCGAUGCCAUCACGCCGGCAAAUCUUCCAAGGCUUGACCCUCGAUGGAUACGAUCCCGCCUUGGGAAGAUCAUCAAAGUACUGGAGCCAAUGAUCAUUGCAGGCAUGUGGUCGCCCGCGCAAAGCAACGAGCUGGUCGAUGAUACAUGGCGUCUCAUGUUGCAAGCAGUGACCGAGGCAGGAAGUCAAGAAGUCAAAGCAUCCAACGAACUGAAGGAGGCAAUUGCACAACUGGUCAACUUCUUCCGGCGCAUCUGGAACUCCACGACCAAGGAUCAACAGAAUAUGGAAGACUUCGUAUGGGUUGCGCGGUACCGCCUACUGCUCGAGAGCGCGGUGACAUCUAUAGGCGUUGGCCAUUUCGGAGACGACAUACUUUCCAGGACGAGCGCGGAUGAGCUAGAGGCCGCACCAACACCAUCACAUCGCAGCUCGAAGCACGCUGUAUCCGCUCACGCGCCCUUCGCAUUCUUGUACGCACUUUACUAUCAACCUCCGAUCGCGUUCCAGAUGGGCCCCUUCUACGAUGACUUUGUGGCCUGGUUUUUGCAUCUUUUCUCGACAGCAAAGAGCUCUUCCGCUUCCACGCUAGGUUUGCUCCAUCGAUCGAUGCGAUUCUGCGCAGCCUUGCAACGCGUUGGCGCCUCAGAUCGUGUCGCCAGCAUUGUCUGGCAAGGCGUCGCGGACAGAGCUAUCGCAGUACUCGACAACCCUCCAGCGUCGUGCACCAGCCACGAUACCAGCGUUCUGGGGCUGACGCUUCGCACUUCGCUCAACAUACUUUCCGACGGACUGGCCCUCACGGACGCGACCUCCGACUGCUUAGCAAGGGCUCGUGAGCUUCUCGAGGCCGCUUGCAGAUCAGCCAAGCAUCACGCAGGGAAUGGAGGCGUGGCCUUGGGUGUGAUGGAGCCGCUGGCCAAGUCUUUGAUCCAGACACUCGACGAUCUGCCUGUGCCGACACUGUUGCACAUUGCGGCGGGCCUCUUGGAUCAUGGCGUCUGGCCGCAUAGUCGACAAGAGCUUGAGACGAGCCGAAAGGUACUGUGGGUCGUGAGUCUCGAACCCUCAAAAAACAGCUCGCUUGACCCAUUUGAUUGCGUAUAUAAGGCAGUGGACCGGAUCCUGGCACGAGCUUACCGUGAGGCUGGCACUGCAUCUGGAGCUUCGUCGAAGCUUUGGGACGAUGCCCUCACCGCGCUCACCAAAUUCCUGCGGCGCUGUCCCACGCAAAUCUUGUCUUCGGCUCUCUCCAACGUAAAGAAUGGACUUUCUGUGUGGAUUGCGGAUGCGCAGCGAUUAGUCUAUCCAAUCACUGGAGCUGCAUCCAACGCUGCCGCUGCUCAUCGCGUUGACCGGCUGUGGUCGGAGGUGGCAUUGCUAUUGAAGAGCAUGCCGAAGCAAGACAGUGCGCUCCUAAAAGCAGUCGACCAACUGAUGGUCUCUGCGUUGUCCAGCCCGAGCAAAGUUAUUGUCAACAACUCGAUACUCUUUUGGAACUCGUCCUUCGGUAAUGGAACAGCUUUGGAAUAUCCUCCUAAUCUGGUGGCUGUUCUCCGUGCCAGGAGUCUCCAAGCGGAUCUCUCUCUCCCUGGUCUCCCACAAGAGCAGGCUGAUUCGGAGGUAGCAUCGCUCCCGGUGUUCGCGGAAUCGCAGUCAGCAAGCGUUCCGACAUCUCGCUUCGAGUUUUCGCCGGCACCUCGCUCCACCCCUCGUCUGAUCCGAAAUCAGUCUCCUGAGAACUUCUUGAUCAAGCAGCAUCUCGCCGUGCAUGGACUUCCAUACGAUGCCGCGGCGGUGUUGGGAGGCUCUUCCACCCGAUCAACACCCGCCAAGGCGAAGGCCGCUCCCAAACUUCGCCAUGACGAUUCUCAGAUUCAGUUCGCUCCCAUCGACUCUUCGCCCGUCUCGUACAACAGCGAAGAAUCUCAGGUCUUGACGGAACAUCAAAAGGAGGUCAAAGAGAGGCAGCGUGGCGACGCGCAAAUGUUUCCAGGAAUGUCAUCCAGUCCUGCCAUGAAGUCCAGUGCUGCACGCAAGAACAUUGCGAAGAAAUUGAACUUCACUUCCGGCCUUCCGCACGCAGAGAACGAGAAUAACGAAGGGACGCCGACAGGGCCAGCGGACGCGAAUCCAAUGAGCGACGAUCUUCCCUCAUCUCCCACUCCUCGCGCUACUGCAGUCGUCGAUGCCAACGCGCAGGUCGACGAUGAUGACGAAGACGCCUAUGACACGGACUGUGACCCCCCUUCGUCGCCUCCACGAGACGAUGAUAGCAGACCACGGGUCCAAACGCGUGUCGUGGAGCAGGUAGAAGCUGUAGAGGAGGAGGGUGACAACGAGAUAUCCGGCCAUGCAGAUUCGGCCUCAGAAACCUCAGCUGCGGUCUUAGGCUCGGAUUUGCCAUCCGACACAGCGCUGCCAGCGGAUCAACUUCGACGAGAAGCUGCAGCUGCAGUCGACGAGACUACUGUUGUGGAAAGCUCUCCCGAAAAGGCCACCGAGGAGGCGUCUGAGCCUGCCCGCUCUUUCGAAAGCCCGAAGAAUACCCCGCCGACUCCGUCCAGAAUCGAAGACUCCAUGAUUCAACGCUCCGAAGAUAACACACCCGACGUUGUCAGUGCGAGCACUCCACAAAGUCACGGGGAGAGCAAAAAACGGAAGCGCAGUGCCGAGAAGGCUUCUUCGGCAAAGAAACAGAAACAGUCGCCAUUCAAGUCAUUCUGGACUGGUCUUUUAAGCCGAAAUCAGGAAGCUGACAACGACGACGAUAUCGAGGAUGAAAUCGUUGUCGCAAGUAGCCAAGUGGUGCGGUCUCCGCAGCCGAGUCCCGAGAAGAAGACCAAGCCAUACUCUCCCCAAGUGGUUGUCACAAUGAACAGGCAGAGUUCCGCAAACAAGAAGGGUCCUGAAGAUGCCCAGCCCUCUCAAAGCAAACGGACCAAGAAGGCGAGGAAGGCCGAGAGCAAAGAAUCGUCGAAGACUGUCGAAGCGGAGUCUGUGUCGGGUGUUAAGCGACGAGCUUCGGCUAUGAGCUCAGGCAGCGUCGACGAACCGGUCGACUCCAGCAUCAGCCGUGUGGAGGAAACCCCUGCUCCCGGCAAGUCGCGUAAGAAGCGCAAGUCGAAAGCAGGCCGACAAUCGCAGGGAGAAGCAUCAGCACUUCGAACUCGCUCCAGCGAUUCGCAAAGCCAAUCUCAACCAGUGCAACAGCCCGACGAGGACAGCGACCACGAGGCCGCCAGUCCAGAGAAGCAGCUUACGCAGGAGCACUCGGCGGCCGUACGUAGUAAGAAAGUCGUACAGCCAGCCAGUAUCCUUGGCCGUCUGCGAGGUGUGUUGGCAGAUUGCAAGAAGAUGAUCAUUGGCAAGCCGGAGGAUGAGUGGGAGUUCGACGAUGUGCUGUAUGAGAUUCGAAAGGAGAUCUUUGAGGCAGAGAGGCGUGGUCGAGAUACUUGA